AUGACAAGUGUUUAUCCAAUGGAAGUAAAAUCAAUUCCUCCUCCUACCUAUGAACAAGCAACUUAUGGUUCACAAAUUCCAUCGAUACCAACUACAUAUAGUAUAUAUUCAGCAUCCGCUACAGGUUUUCUACAACCAUCAGCACCUAUUGGUAUGUAUCCAACAUCUGUUAUGGGUUUACCACCACAAGCACCACCUAUUGGUACUAGUAUGCUCAUAGCAACACAAUCACUAAUGUUUGGUGAUAUGCCUGUACAAUGUACUUGUCCUCAUUGUUAUCAAAUCAUUGUUACACGUGUAGAAAAAAGAGAAGGUUUACUACCAUGGUUAAUUUGUGGUGGAAUUCUUUUAAUGGGUGGUUGGUUAGGUUGUUGUCUUAUUCCAUUUUGUAUUGAUAGUCUCAAAGAUACUGAACAUUAUUGUCCACAUUGCGCAGCUUUACUUGGUUCACAACGAAGACUUUAG